AUGUAACUUAGAAAAGAAAGAAUCCAUUAUCAUGGUAAAACCAAUAAAGAUCUAAAGUAAAACCAUAAUUUAUAUACAUUAGAUAUAUAUCCAAGAUGAGUGAGAGUGGAGAUUAAAAUGAAUAUGAAAGACCAAGAAUUCAAUCAUUAAAUACCUCAAAUAAGAAGAACUUCCCUUAAUUAUUAGAAAGUCGAAGAAAAAUGAUAUCUAGUUUUGUAGAUCCAAUUGCUGAAACCAUGAGUUUAACAAAAAAGAAAUAUGAACAUCAUUAGAUUGGUUAUCCUAGGUAAACUUAAUUAGAAGAGUAAUCAAAAAGACCAUUUUGUGGAGAUUCUAAUAUGCUCUAUAAUAGAAAGGAAAUAUAAAAGAUUGUUGAUAAAGAAGCAGAUUAGAAUUUAGGAGAUAAAGCUAAAUUGGCAAAUUAAAAGAUGGAAGAGAAUGCAAAAGGAAUUCAAGAAACAUAAUUGGUUGGAUUAGAAAACAAAGUAACAUUGGAAGGCAAGGUGGAUUUAGAGAAAGUGAGAGAUAUCAAAAGAUCAAUUAGAAGAAGAUAUGCUAAUAGGAAAAACUUCUAAAAAAUAUUCAAUUCAUGGGAUGAAGAUGCUAAUGGUGCAAUUAGUGUUAAGAAUUUAUACAAUAUGGUAAAUAAGAUGGGAAUUAAUAUUAAUUAAGAUGAAGCAAAAGUAUUAUUGGCUAGUGCAGAUAAAGAUGGUUCAAAUGAUUUAGGUAUGGAUGAAUUUAUGGAUUUAAUAUUUAAUGAUAAAGAUAUCUUGAAUAUGGAUUUAAAAUAAUUAGAUACUGAUAAGAAUACUGCUAUUAAUAUAUUGAUCUAAGAUGCUUAAUAAGCUCAUUAAAGAAAACAUCAUAAUUAAAUUAAUAUUAUGCUUAAGAAUAGGGUAUUUAUGUUGAAAUUUAUGUUUAGUAAUUGAAAUUAGGUUAAUGGUUAUUGGAAGCUGAUGAAAAACAAGAAGGAUAUAUAAGUUAGAAGAAAUUUGAGGAAGUUGUCAAGAAAUUGAGAAUAGAUGAAAAGAUAUUAAGCAAUGAUGAUAUUAAAGAAUUGGCUAGCAAUUUUAAAAGAGAUAAUCAAUUUAUUGAUUACAAAUAAUUUAUUACACAUUUAAAAUAGUUUUAAUUAAAAGAGGAAGUUUAUGUAAAUAUAUUAUAGCUAUUGAUCAGGAUGAUCCAUAUGCUCUUAAGGAAAAGGUUGAAUUAAUUAAGAAUAAAUAAGAUAAAUAGAAGUAUUAAUAUAAUUAUAUAAAAAGUAGAAUUAAUGUUUUUGAUCUAACCAAAGUUAAUGGAUGGCAUUUGGAAAGAAUGAGAUAUAGAGCUAAUAAUAUGAUAAAUAAAUUAAAGAAGUAUUUGCCUGAUAAAGAGAAUUUCCAAGAAUACUUAUAAGAAAAGAUUAAUGGAGAUACAAUUAAUUAAAAAGAAUUUAAUAAAUUUGUUGUUCAAUUUCUAAAUAGUGUUAACGAAACACAUCAUAAAUUUGAUAUUGAAUCAUUGAUGAGUGUCAUUUAAUUCAAUCAAUAUAAUACAUAAUCUAAAUCUGAAGUAUUGAGAAUUCUCUAUGAGUAUAUAUAUAUAAUUAUAAUCAUAGCGAAAAUGAUGAUGACUUCUUUGAAAGAGCAUAAUAAUAGAUCAAAUAGCCUCCACCUCCAUAAGAUAAGGCAAUCUUAUAAGGAUAAUUACCAGAAGAAAUAUAAGAUACAUAAUCAGAUAAUAAUAAAAAUUAUUACAGUAAAGAUCUUGGAUUAUCAAUGAAUAUGCCAAAUAUUAAGAAAUAAGUUCAAAGUGUUCUCAAGAAAGUGGAUGAUAAAAUAUUUAAUAAAAGAGAAAAAUAAUUAAAGAUAUUUAAAGAAUUUGAUGUUGAUUAAGAUGGUUAUGUUUCAUAAGUAGAUUUGUAAUAAAGAAUGAAACAUAUUUUGUCUUAGGAUGAAAUACUAUUACUUAUUUAAUAUCUUGAUCCUGAAAAUAAGGGAUUUUCUAAUUUUACAGAAUUUUCAUAAAAAAUUAGAAAUGGAAUGACUAUUUUGGAUGAGAAUGGUACUCAAUUAAUUAAUGUAAACACCUAACCAAGUAAAACUACCAUAAUAGCAGCUUCAUCAUUUCUACCUGAAUUAUAGAGAUCUAUUGAUGAAUUUAAGAAACCAUUUAUUGCCUCAAAGAACAGAUCUGAUUAUAAACCAUCUACAAGAUAUGGAGCUACACCCUGUUUAAAGGAUACUUUUGCAAAUAUAGUACCAUUAGAAAAAAGUGGUCUAUGGGCAUCGGCUGAAUAAAGAUUCAAUAAAAAUAGGGAAGAAUUUUAGAAGGAAGAUAAGAAAUUAAAGGAAUUUAGAUAGGAGUAGAAACUGGAAAGAAUUAGAAGUUAUCAAUAGGAAAUUAGAGUAAGGAUUAAAUCAUAAGAUGAUAGACAUAAAUGA